AUGAUGCAAUUUCUGAGGAAGUUUUCAUACAAGACAUCUCUCGUUCGUGCGGUGGCCCUGGCGACUGCUGGCUCAGGAAUAUUUUGCUACACGGCGGCGCCUUCGGAUUACGAUACAUCGAUAUCGGUUUCAAUCCCUUCGAUCUGUAGGACUUCCUUAACGUGGCCCCGUGGAACAAAUGAAGAGAAUAACCAUCAUUUUGCAUUUACUCGUCCCAACCCUUCACAAUAUGGUGUUAUCCCGCUAUUUUUCUCAAAGCCAGAUGCUAUACCAGAUGCUGGCAUAAGUAAAGGAGCUCCAAUAGAUGCUGAAGAUAGCCCGAAACCUUCAUGCAACUGCCUUGGCCGCGAUACAAUCGCAAAUGCCGCUGCCAAGAUUGGUCCUUCUGUUGUUAAUUUGUCAGUACCUCAAAGUUUUCAUGGUAUGACCGUGGGUAAAAGUAUUGGCUCCGGAACUAUUAUUGACAAGGAUGGUACCAUCUUGACUUGUGCCCAUGUGGUAGUUGACUUUCAAGGAUUAAGGACUUCAUCUAAGGGAAAGGUUGAAGUGACUUUGCAAGAUGGUCGGUCAUUUGAGGGUACAGUGGUGAAUGCCGAUUUACAUUCUGACAUAGCAAUAGUGAAGAUCAAGUCUAAAACUCCACUUCCAGCCGCUAAACUUGGGAAUUCGGGAAAGCUUCGCCCUGGGGACUGGGUGUUGGCUAUGGGGUGUCCUCUUACCCUUCAGAAUACGAUUACAGCUGGUAUUGUAAGUUGUGUUGACCGUAAAAGUAGUGACUUGGGCCUUGGAGGCAUGCACAGGGAGUACUUGCAGACUGAUUGCGCUAUAAAUCAGGGUAAUUCAGGCGGACCUCUUGUCAAUGUUGACGGAGAAGUUGUAGGAGUCAAUAUCAUGAAAGUGUUGGGAGCUGAUGGAUUGAAUUUUGCUGUCCCUAUUGAUUCUGUUUCAAAAAUAGUCGAGCACUUCAAAAGGAACGGGAGAGUUGUCCGGCCUUGGCUUGGUUUAAAAAUGCUCGAUCUCAAUGACAUGAUCAUUGAUCAUCUCAAAGAGAAGAAUGUUUCCUUUCCGGACGUCAGCAAAGGAGUUCUUAUACCUGUGGUAUCCCCAGGUUCGCCAGCCGAUCGUGCUGGAUUCCAUCCUGGAGAUGUUUUAGUUGAGUUUGGAGGAAAGCCUGUAGGAAGCAUUAAAGAGGUGAUCGAUGCUAUGGGCGAUAAAGUUGGGAAGCCUUUGAGAGCUGUUGUGAAACGAGCGAAUAAUGUUACCGAAAUAUUGAAUGUAACUCCUGAAGAAGCCAAUCCAGAUAUGUGA